CUGUGAAGUGACCCUGAGCGAAGAGCGAGCGCGUCUGAAAGGGGCUGAGGGAAUUGUGCUCAGUGCGGGGGGCUCCUUUGAGGCCUGCGGCCUCUCCCUGCCCGCCGCCUGCAGGUUAAAGCACAGCUUACAAUGUACUUCCUACAUGAAGCCUUUCCUGAUCUCCCCGAAGAGAGAUGGAAAAUCUGAUGAGUAGCUCAGCCCUCCCCCCGCUGUUUGCAGACGAUGAUGGCUCUAAGGAGAGCAGUGAUAUGACUGCCCCUGGGUUAGCCCAUCCCGAGGUUACAUACCCCACUGGAGCCACACCAUCCACAAACAAUCCAGAUUUUGUGGAAGAUCUCUCCCAAGUCCAGCUGCUCCAGAAUGAAUCUUCAAAUACAGUAGAAAAUAGUGAACAGCGCCAUGAGGAUGAGCAAAGAAAUAAACGAGGAGGUUGGUCCAAAGGAAGAAAGAGGAAGAAGCCACUUCGAGACAGCAAUGCUCCAAAGUCCCCCCUCACAGGGUAUGUGCGGUUCAUGAAUGAACGUCGAGAACAACUUCGAGCGAAGCGGCCUGAGGUCCCCUUUCCAGAAAUCACGAGGAUGCUGGGCAAUGAAUGGAGCAAGCUGCCUCCUGAGGAGAAACAGCGUUACCUGGAUGAAGCUGACCGAGAUAAGGAGCGUUAUAUGAAGGAGCUGGAGCAGUAUCAGAAGACCGAGGCCUACAAAGUCUUUAGUAGGAAAGCUCAGGAUCGGCAGAAGGGCAAAUCUCACAGGCAGGAAGGAGCUCGGCAGGCUGCUCAUGAUCACGAGAAGGAAGUAGAUGUGAAAGAAAGGUCUGUUUUUGACAUACCCAUAUUCACAGAAGAAUUUCUCAACCACAGCAAAGCCCGAGAAGCAGAGCUGCGACAGCUGCGUAAAUCCAACAUGGAGUUUGAAGAGAGGAACGCAGCCCUCCAGAAGCACGUGGAGAGCAUGCGAACAGCCGUGGAGAAGCUGGAGGUGGAUGUGCUGCAGGAGCGGAGCCGCAACACCGUCCUGCAGCAGCAUCUGGAAACCUUGCGGCAGGCCCUCACCAGCAGCUUUGCGGGGGUGCCGCUACCUGGAAGUGGAGAGACCCCCACAGUGGAUACCAUUGAUUCGUACAUGAACAGACUGCACAGCAUUAUUCUAGCUAAUCCCCAGGACAGUGAAAACUUCAUAGCCACGGUUCGAGAGGUUGUGAACAGGCUUGAUCGCUAGUGACUGGUGCUGUGGCUCCAAGAUGUUCUCCAAGUGAUUCUGCUUGUGAGGAAUGAGAAGCCAUGAUGGAAACAGACUGCCUGGGGGCGGAAGGAGGCCUUGGGGAAAGUGACCUGUGCAUGCACACCAGCCUCCCCCACCCCUGGAAAGCCAUAGGGAUAUCCUGAGGUGCAUCUGGGCGCCUCCACUCCUCAUCCUCGUCUGAGGCUCUGAGAGCACCCAGAGGCUCUCAGGGCUUCAGCUUCCUCUCAUUUCAGUUUCUGUUGCAGAGAAAAGGCAAGAUUCCUCCUGGGGCCAUACCGAAUGGGCUUUCCCUGCCCCCCGUCCCCAGGGCCACUCCUGUUCCUUUUUGGUUUUCAGCUUCCAUCACCAUCUGACUCUUUGACCCUUUGCCAGUCAGCCAUGCUCCUUGGCAGACACAACAUCCCUCAUGUGUUAGCCUGUUAUACCAUGGAAGCUGUGUGUUCUUGUCCUCAGUGCCCUCUCUGGCUUCUGACUGGGCUUGGCUGGUCCCCACGGUUUCCUGGGCAUCUCUCCCAAGUGUUUGUGGUAUUUCAAGGCCACUUCUUCUUUCUGAGGGAGCACUGUGACCAUGGAGAAGGUUAGCGGUAUCAAGAAAGCCCUAGCCUUACCUCUUUGGCGCUUCGAACGUUGUCAGCGUUUGGUCUUUCAUGAAAAGUGAGAAGGCCGCUGUUUCUCUCGUUUGUGCUGAUUUAUGGACUCAGAUGGGAGACCCCUCGUUUACAAAGAGGAUCUCCUCAUUCAACAUAGAUCCCCUUAUACUGACAUAUGUAUAGAGGAAUUUCCUUUGCUUUCACCUUCCAUCUGUAGCCUUUAGAAAAACAAAUUGAUGCAGAUGGGGCAGCUCCUGUUCUCUCCCCACCAAGGGUUGUUUGAAGCUUCAGGGCCAGCCUGAUAAGGGUUUCCAUCUGUUUACCCCAGUCACUCACAGAAGCAUGGGUGGGUGGUCAGCUCAUGGUGGCCACUCUUCUGCAUGGCAUUCAACUGGGAGGAAACAGGAGACUUUGUGAGAGCUGCUGGUGUGGGGCUCUCCUGUCUUGUCAUGCCAUCAACUCUUCUUUCCAGUGUGUCAUUCACUGGUUGCUUUUUAAUAACUUGAGAAAAAAAGAGGUGCCCUUCUUCCCCCCUCCCCCCACUCACACACUCGCUCUCGCACAUGAGAGCACACACACACACACACACACACACACCCUUACAUUCUUUUAUUUGCACGGCAUUAAGAGCCCUAUUCAUUGUGGCUUGAAAAAGACCACCCCUGAGCAGCUUAGUCUUUGUAAAAAGACUCUGCUAUCCAAGGACCCACCUAGAUUUGUAUGGAGUGACCCACAAGCCGGCCACUAAGUGGUGAGUACUUUGGCCAUGGUGACCCAGUCACUUUGAAUCCCCCAUUCACACAGCCCAGCCAUUCAAUGGGAGAAAGCGCAGGUCCGUCAUGGCCCAGCCUAGGCAUGGAAACAUCAGCCAGCUUUCGAAUGUUGUGACAAGUGACUGAUUGCCCCACCCCCUCCUCUGGUCCCUUGUCCCGCUGCAGGUGGCCUUGAUUCCAUGCACGCCUCAUGUUUAUUCUCAAGUGUAAAUAAGUAAGAGACUUCCUCCAGGGGCGACAGAGGCUUCGCCAGAGCUCCUCUGGCCUCCUGACAGUGUCCCUCUCCAGUGCCCCAGCUUUGAUUGUUGUGAACCCUCAUUAACAGCGCUUUUGUGACUUGGAGCAGCGAAGUUCAUUGUAACCCCAGGUAGGGAUGAGGCGUGGACGUGACGACGGCAUGAAGCGUUUAUAGAACCAGUGAUAGAAACACACACAGAGUUACACCCCCAGCUAGCUCAGAAGCUUCAUCUGACUCGCAGGUAGCCAGGAUGCAGCCCCUGCAAACCUGUCAGGUGCUUCAGAGCAAAUCUGAGUGUCCUCCUCUCCCACCAUGAGGAGCUACAUGAGAUUAUAGCAGAGCUUGAGCCCUGGUGACACAAAUGUGACUGUUCUUUAUUAAGAAAACUUAUUUUUGUUUUGUUUUUUUUUUCUUGUCAAGAUAUGAAUCGUCACCUUCUCCGUGUUAGUAUUGUUUAAAAAAAAAAAACAACUCCCACAGGACGCAGCUUUGGGGGCAGGGAGUCAAACAAAAGGUGUUUUCUGAAGUGAAGAGAAAAAUCCACGUGUUGUCCCUGUGUCUGGAGUGGUUCAAAUGCCAAGUUUUCCGUACAAGUGUCUUUGUAAUUAAGCUUCUAGAUUUUCUUUGUUUUGUUCAUUAGAAGUUGAUGUGCUUGCUUAACAUUUGUUUCAUUAAAACUUUUCAACAUUGAAUCCA